AUAAUAAAUUACAAUAAUCUAUUGAUGCAUUAACAUUUUAUUUGUAUUCCAUAUCACACAUAAUGAACUACGUACCAAUUUGUUAUCGUUGAAGUGUUGGCAAGCACGCGCAAAACAAAAAAGUUAAGUCUGCUUCAAGGUGUGCACACACUGGCACUCACAACUCGUUUCCCAUUUUUGCCUCGCUACAAAAAAUAAAAAAAUAACGAGAUGAAAAUGUCCCAACUGGACGACAUACAGCAGCAGUUGAUCCAAAGCAUAUCCAAGAAUGACACCGCCGGCUUCAAGCAACUGCUCGGCCAGCUAAAAGGCGGCGGCGUUAACUUUGUGGAUGACAGCGGCAUGUCAAUUUUGGCGCACGCCAGCUUCAAAGGCAACAAGGAAGCGGUUCAACUGCUCCUGGACAUGGGCGCUGAUAUAAAUCUGAAUCAGCAUGGCGCUGAUUACACACCGCUCCACUUUGCCGCUCUCUCGGGAAAUACGCUCGUCUGCCGGCAGCUGCUGGACGCGGGCAUCAAUCCGGCCAGCAUCAAUAAAGUCUCCCGCACUGCCGCCCAAAUGGCCGCCUUUGUGGGCAAUCAUGCCUGCGUGGAGACCAUCAACAACUAUGUGACACGCUCCAGUUUGGAGUAUUACACACAGCUGCAUGGCCAGCAAACGGAGCCGCUGAUUCCGCCUGUGCUCCUCAAGUCGUUUCACAGUUUUGUCACCGAAAUCAAUUUACAUCCGGUACGCAUAACACUGAAUGCCCAGUCGCUUGGUCUGCUCAAAAUACUGCCUAAUCUGCGCAAGACGCUGGCGCUCAUGUGCGAAAAGGAGAUGCAAAAGACGCAUGAUAUCAACGAGCUGCUGGCGUUCAAGUUCCACUAUCUGGGUUGGAUUGUGGGCGAACUGUUGCGCUGCGAGGAGCAGUUCAAAGCACAGCACAAGGAGAAGGAGCAGGCGCAGGAGAAGAAGGUGCAGGACAAGAGCGAUUUCAUUGAGCUCUUUGUAAAGCGUGUUCUCAAGGAGAACAAGCUGGGCCAGCUGGACUAUGUGGAGUAUACGGUGCGUGAGUGUGCGCGAGAGUUUCCUUUCCGCGAGUGUACGAUCUUCAGGCAGAUUGUGAGCCAGCUAAGUGCUAAGGAUGCGCCGCCAGCGUUGGGCCUGCUACGGAAUGCCAUCAAUGGCAUGCGAGGAUUUGUGGAUGAGAGCAGCUAUUGCAGUUCCUGUGGCCAGGAGAAGCCGGAUAAAAAGUGCUCCAAGUGCAAGGCGGUGCAGUAUUGCGAUCGGGAGUGCCAGCGACUUCAUUGGUUCAUGCACAAGAAGAGUUGUGCACGUUUAUUGGCUGCCGUUCAGGCAGGCGCCAAGGAUCAGCAUAAAGCGCCCAUUGACACAGCCGAGCUGCAACAUGAGUUGUCCAAAUUAUCAGCAUAAAACUGAUGCAAUACAAAUGAUUACCUGCAUUUUAAAUAAACCAAUUGCGAGUUGUUUAAAAGCAUUUAA